GGCAUUUACCAGUAGCAGAUGUUGUUGAUGGUGGCGUUGGAUGGCAGCUGGUCGCGACAUCUCCCAUUCUACUCUUUAGACACUUGUGAAGGACACGUCACUGGUCACUACGUGGAGUCAAGUCAAAGGGCAGAGGGAAGAGGGGAGGAAGAGGACAGAGAGAGCAGAGGAGCUGAAGGCAGACGGAAGGGAGAUAAGGCAUAAAAAUGAAUCAUUGGAGCUUAUCCCUGGGAUUGGUAUUGGGUGUGCUGGUGCUAAGAGAAGCCACUGCCCACACACACCACCUGCACAAUGCCCAGAAAGAGCGAGAGGCAGAUGGUGCCAGGACCCCACGAGACCACGGCCAUUAUACCGAUGGGGAACACAAUGCUGAUUUCGACCAUGAAGCAAUUCUAGGUAGUGUCAAAGAUGCUGAAGAGUACGAUCAACUCCCAGCCAUGGAGGCAAAAAGACGGCUGGAGAUCCUGCUGGUGAAGAUGGACCGCGACAAUGACAAACAUAUUGAUCGUAAGGAGCUCCAUUCUUGGAUUCUCCGCUCUUUCAGAAUGCUGUCAGAGGAAGAGAGUUCUGAGCGCAUGGAUGAGGUGGAUGAAGAUGAAGAUGGGUAUGUCACCUGGGCUGAGUACAUUGCCGAGACCUAUGGCAUCAAGGAUCCCGAGGACCAGCAGCUCUUAGACCAGGAGGACCAAGUUGAAGAACAGAGGCUCUUGCGUGAGGACCGACAGUUAUUCAAUGCGGCAGACAAGAACAUAGAUGGAAGACUGGAUGAUAUGGAAUUCCUAGCCUUCUCGCAUCCAGAGGAGAGCCCCGACAUGCUUCCUAUUAUCUUGCAGCAGACACUAGAGGAGAAGGAUACCAACAAUGAUGGUCUCAUCGACUUCCAGGAAUACAUUGGGGAUAAAGAGUUCGAGGUUGAUGAAGAAAUUAUGAUGAAGCGUGAAUUUGUGCGCAAGCAUAAGCCAGAUUUUGAUAAGUUUGACUUAAAUAAUUCUGGUUUCCUUGAGGUUGACGAGGUUGGGCCUUUAAUGGAAACAAGCAAGGACAUAGCGGAGGAUGAGGUGGAUCAUCUGUUUGCCGCAGCAGAUGACGACAAUGAUGACUUGCUGUCCUUCUUGGAAAUCCUCGAUCACCACGACGUCUUUGUAGGCUCAGAAGCUACAGAUUACGGCGAUCACCUGCACAACCUUGACCGCUUCGAUGACGAAUUGUGAGGCUGUGAUGGGCAUCUCGCAGAUAGAUAGGCCUAGUUGUGAGAGAUGGGAGUAGGGAGUAGUUCUUCAUGAUGUUGGUCAGCGUCAAUGGGAACAGCAUGGUAGCUCUGCAAGAAUGAAGUGCUCCUGUGCUGAUACAGAGGUUCCUUGUGGGAAUAGAGUGUGCCACUUCCCUUUUGUUGUUCGUGUUGUUAUUUUAUCAUGAAUUUUUCUGUGAAUUUUAGUUAUGUAGUCGAAAAGAAAACCUGUUAGUAAUUUAUAGUGCCUGUAUAUGCAUUUAUCAUUUGUUUGGGCAUUAGAAAAGGAAGUGUGAAUGUAUUAGUUCACAGAUCUUGCUGUAUAAACCACCUUGCAAGGUCCAUUGUGUGUGUUUAUUGAAAACAAUAUGCCUUUCUCAACCCUUUGAAUAAUCUUUGUUUUAUGAUAUUAUAUUGAAUAAUUGUUAUUAAUUUAUUGAUUAGGUCUUUAUACUCUAAAGAUUUAUGUUACUCUUCAACUUUUAGGCUAACUUGCCAGGAUAAUGUCUCUUGUAUCCACUUUGAAAAAUAAUUCUAGGGUGAUCAAGUCUAAUUUCAAAAUGUAAACACAUUAUAAACAAGCAGCUACAUUACUAUUGAAGAGUUUGAGGGUAACCAGGUUAGCUUAAAAAUAGUGUUGUUGUAACAUUUAUGCUUUUGAAAUUUAACACAGCAAUGUAGUCUAAUUUGAGUCCAGUGGAUGUUUAUGCAGCAAGCCCUCACACUAUGGGGUUUUAUGAUCAGGAGCAGUUCAGUCUAAUCAAUUCAGGUUUCCAAAAAGGCUUCCAGGGUGACAUCCUUCAAGAAAUCAUGAGUCUUCUCAAGUGUCAUUCAGUGCUACUUGGCUUCUUAAAGACUUUCUCUUGUAUUGAUAACAACCUCUGGCCCAUUCAUCAACACGCACAGCUGGAACAUUUAACUUGGGCCAUCUGUCAUGUGUCCAAUUGCAAAAAAUGAAUCUCAGCUAUUGAAUCUUUUCAAUGCAUAUUUAGGCACACCGUUCAACAAAUCUUGACUUAAGCAACGAUAAUAUAGCUGUGUAGGUUUGACACGACUACCAGUAUUUAUUUUGCACUUUCACUGCCGAUUCUUUUUGUACUUUUUUUUUUUCUCAAUUGAUUUCUCUUUGAGACCUCACUCGUGCAUUUUCUAACUUCACUCUUGCACCUUGAAUUUGCAUUUGUGAGUGCCUGCAUUCUUGCAUUCGUGCUUAUUCCUAAUCAGUUGUUUUUUUCUUUUAAUUUUGGUAAUGAUGAGUAAUGACUGUGAAAAUUAUUGUUUUAAAAUCAAAACAGAAGUUAUUUUUUUAAAACUAAUAACUCUUUUGUAAGUUAAGUUUAACAGAUUGCUUUGGAUAAGAUACUGAGUCAUAAAACAAAUGCCAUUAACAUGAAACUUACUUUGCAUAGCAGAGUAAAAGGAAUUCUAGCAAGGGUCAGUACAAUUCUGUUUUGAAUUUGUCAGAUGAUAAAGAAUAUGUUUAAGCAGAUUUCUAGUUAUACAAUAAUUAAAUGGAUAUGAUAUGAUAAAUUUAACUUAAAUACAUGACUGUUUUAGCAUUUCCCAAGUCUGAAACUGAAAACUAGCCGAGAACUUUGUACACAUGCUUUUAUUUCUAUUUUUUUGUAUCCAAGUGCCAUAUGUCCAGCUGGGCACUGGGCUUAAUAUAUUGUUUUGAUUUUUUAA